CCAAGAAUACGGGCAGGAGCGACCAACCCGCCGCCAGCCGGCGAAUAUGAGCAGCAGCAGCCGCCGGAGUUCGUCGGCAACCAACAGCCCGGCCUGCCGUCCCGUAUAGACGGCCCGGGCGGGCACAUCCAGAUCUAUCAGACGACGCCGGCGCCCGAGCCGCCGCUGCCCGUGCACAAGAACAAGUACGUGUGCGGCGUGAAGGGGCCGCCGGGUCGGCGCGGCCGCGUCGUGGGCGGACAGGACGCGGCGCCGGGCGAGUGGUGCUGGCACGUGGCGCUCAUCAACUCGCUGAACCAGUACCUGUGCGGCGGCGCGCUCAUUGGCACCCAGUGGGUGCUCACUGCCGCCCACUGCGUCACUAACAUCGUUCGAUCCGGUGACGCCAUCUACGUGCGCGUGGGGGACCACGACCUAACCUCCAAGUACGGCUCGCUGGGCGCGCAGACGCUGCGUGUGUCCACCACCUACAUCCAUCACAACCACAACUCGCAGACGCUGGACAACGACAUCGCGCUGCUCAAGCUGCACGGACAGGUGGAGCUGAAGGAGGGCGUCUGCCUGGUGUGCUUACCGGCGCGUGGCGUGGAGCAGCAGGCCGGCAACCGCUGCACCGUCUCCGGCUACGGCUACCAAGGCGAAACUGGGCCGAUUCCGCUGAGGGUGCGGGCCGCAGAGCUGCCCAUCGUCUCUGACAAUGAGUGUGUGCGCAAGAUCAACGCCGUCACAGAGAAGAUCUUCAUCCUGCCAGCCUCCAGUUUCUGCGCUGGUGGUGAGGAGGGCAACGAUGCCUGCCAGGGCGACGGAGGAGGUCCUCUUGUGUGCAACGUGGACGGCUACUAUGAGCUGUCCGGCAUGGUCAGCUGGGGCUUCGGGUGCGGCCCGGCAAGGACGUACCCGGCGUUUACGUCAAGGGUGUCCUCCUCAUCGGGCUGAUUCAACCAGAUCCUCAGCGUCAACAAUCUCUGA